AUGGAUAGUGGCGGCAGUCGUGGAAGUCAGUACAGCCAAGGAGGGCUACCGCCGCCACCACUACCGCCGCACGAUGACCAGGAACUCAACGGGGAGCCAAUUCCGAAGGCGUUGUUGGAUCCGAAGGUGCAACGACAGCUGAACAAGCGUAAGGUGUGGAGGCCUUGGUUCGUGUGGUUUGUAUCGGCGGUGCAGAUUGCAGUGCUGGUGUUUGAGUUUGUGAAGGGAUAUCAGCGGACGGGAAGUAUCAUUGAGACCCAUCCGUUUAACCCAAUGAUCGGUCCCGGAACAGGGACGUUUAUUGUGACGGGAGCUCGAUUUGUGCCAUGCAUGCGGAGCACAUACCUGGACACGAUGCAGAUUGAGUGUCCGGACAACACGACGUCGGUGUGCACGAUCUCGGAUAUUUGUGGAUUCACGCCGAUUGCGUCGACGGGCAAGCCGCCGAACCAGUGGUUCCGGUUCAUUACGCCGAUCUUUCUGCAUGGAGGCGUUGUGCAUCUGUUGUUCAAUUUGAUGUUCCAGAUGCGGACGGGAGCCGACCUGGAGAGGGAUAUGGGAUGGUGGAGGAUUGGGAUCAUUUAUAUGACCUCGGGAAUUGUGGGCUUCAUCUUUGGAGGAAACUUUGCACCACUCUUGUCACCAUCGAUGGGCGCAUCUGGAGCGAUCUUUGGAUUGAUCGGCUGUCUUGUACUGGAUCUCAUUCAGAACUGGAGGUUGGUCGUGCGGCCAUGCUGGGAACUGUCCAAGCUUUCGCUCAUGAUCCUGGUAUCAUUCGGGUUCGGGUUGCUCCCGUUCUUGGACAAUUUUGCGCAUAUUGGAGGGUUCUUUUCCGGAAUCUUGACAGGACUUGUGUUCAUGCCUGUGGUCUACUUCUCAAAGCGGGACAAGUACAUUAAGCUGGGACUUCGGUUCAUUGCGCUGCCGGUGAUUGUUUUGAUCAUUGUCCUGGGAUUGACGAACUUUUACAAGGGUGUGAAUAACUGCAGCUGGUGCAAGUAUUUGAGCUGUUUGCCGAUCAAUGGGUGGUGCGAUGCGUUUGAUCCGCCUCAGGGAUCAACCUAA